AUGUCUCGCGUUGUCGCUUUCACCCGCGCCCUCAUCCUCCGUCCCAGCCUGGGUGAGCAUGUCCACGAUGUCACCGUCCAACCCUCCGACGACCACCGAUUCCUCCAGGCCCCGCCCACCCUCUCUCCCGAAGACCGGGAACUCUUCGCCAGCACCAUCCGCGACUUUCAGCUGGGCGACGAGGAAAGCACAUGGAUGUCGGCCAUGGAAAAGGUGGACUAUAGCCUCUUCGUGACCUUGCUGAUCAGCAGGACCCCGAAUCUGCGCCGCCUGGACCUCUGCGGCGGCCAAUUCUUCAUGAAGCCCCUCCGCCAAAUCUUUCAACGGAACCCGGCCGUCCUGUGCAACCUGGAGGACCUCUGCCUGAACGGUGAUGACCUCUUUGCCGGCUACCCGCUCCCGUUCUACGAAGAACUACUCGUUCUGCCCCGUUUGAAAUCGCUGACGGCCGAAUACUGCCAGCUCCUUGGUGCCAAAUUUCCCGCCUCCUGGGCCCCGCAGACCAUGGCCUUCGAGUGGAUUGACCUGAACAUGUGCCACCUGGAUGCCCCUGGCCUGAAAAAGCUCCUCCAAGCAUGCCGCAAGGUCAUGUCGUUCAGCUACACCCGUUUCUCUGUCGAUCCCGCGGAUCAGCCCGACAUCGUUCCCGCCACCCGCGAGUUCAACGCUGCCGAGUGGCACAAGGCCCUCCUCCCCCAUAAAGAUACCCUCGUGUAUCUGGAAUUGGCCUUUACGCGGGACCCCUGGGAACGGGAGAACAUUCAGGAAUACCUGGCCCGCCAGGCCAGGAUUGGCUCACUCCGCAACUUCUCUGUUCUCACGUCCCUCUCCAUUCAGCAGGCCCUGCUGCCCCCGCGGCCAGAAUUUCCUCCCGCUCUCGAGCAGCUGGUGGUGGAAGACUGCAACGUGUCGGUCCGGGAGCUGGCCCAGCACCUUGCGAAGGAGUGUCGACAGGGACACCUUCCCGCCCUCAAGUCCAUCAAGAUGCUGGCCGUCGACAUCACCGACCCCAUCCAGCUUCACGGGCAGCAAAUCCCCCCCGGGAAGACCCCACAGCAAUGCUUCCUGAGUAUUCGCGAUUUCUUCAAGAACACCUCGGUCGAAUUCGACAUCCUCCCCUACCCUGACUGCCGUCAACACCAGAUUGGGGACUCCUCCGACGAGGACUAUGACGACGAACUCUAUAUGGAUGACGAAUACGACUUCCCUCCGUUGGGGCUCUCGGCUGGAUCCGCGCCCAUUCCCCGGGACCUGUUCGGGGCGAUGCUGUUGCAAGCCAUGCACGAGCAGGCCACGGGAAUGGAUGAGGCCAGCGAUCACUCCUGGGUCACAGAUGACGAGGACGACUGA